CAGUACUUUGCUGGGCUGCUUGGUACACAUUAUUACUAUCUCCCCAGGGACGAAUCCUUGAAGGGAUGAGAUUCACAGGGAGGAAGAGGGUAGGAUGACUGCCUCUCUGAGAGCUUGAAGUUUACUGGGGAAGGUGCAACCCUGGCCUGCGGGUGCAGGGUGACAGCUUGAUGGGAAGACAAGAGACCACGACCCAGAAUUCACAUUUGGUUUCGACCGGACCCUGUCGCCCUGUUGUCACUUGCUCUUCUGACUUCUGCCUUAGGACCCGGCUGCCUGGUCCCUGCUGAUCAUGAACAAGAUGAAGAACUUUAAGCGUCGCUUCUCCCUGUCAGUGCCCCGCACCGAGACCAUCGAGGAGUCCUUGGCCGAGAUCACAGAGCAGUUCAACCAGCUCCACAACCGGCGCAAUGAGGACCUACAGCUUGGCCCUCUUGGCCGAGACCCCCCGCCAGAGUCCAGCACCUUCUCCCCGACAGACAGUGGGGAGGACCCUGGGCAGCCGUCGCCUGGCAUGCGGUACCGGAGGCAGAACCAGCGCCGCUUCUCCAUGGAGGACAUCAGUAAGAGGCUUUCUCUGCCCAUGGACAUCCGCCUGCCCCAGGAAUUCCUGCAGAAGCUGCAGCUAGAGAGCCCAGACCUGCCCAAACCACUCAGCCGAAUGUCCCGCCGCGCCUCCCUGUCAGAUAUCGGCUUUGGGAAACUGGAAACAUACGUGAAACUGGACAAACUGGGGGAGGGCACCUAUGCCACAGUCUUCAAAGGGCGCAGCAAACUGACAGAGAACCUCGUGGCCCUGAAGGAGAUCCGGCUGGAGCACGAGGAGGGGGCGCCCUGCACUGCCAUCCGAGAGGUGUCUCUGCUGAGGAACCUGAAACAUGCCAACAUUGUGACCCUGCAUGACCUCAUCCACACGGAGCGCUCCCUCACCCUGGUGUUUGAGUACCUGGACAGUGACCUGAAGCAGUAUCUGGACCACUGUGGAAACCUCAUGAGCAUGCACAAUGUCAAGAUUUUCAUGUUCCAGCUGCUCCGGGGCCUUGCCUACUGCCACCGCCGCAAGAUCCUGCACCGGGACCUGAAGCCCCAGAACUUGCUCAUCAAUGAGAGAGGGGAGUUGAAGCUGGCCGACUUCGGACUGGCCCGGGCCAAGUCAGUGCCCACGAAGACCUACUCCAAUGAGGUGGUGACCCUGUGGUAUAGGCCCCCCGAUGUGCUGCUGGGCUCCACAGAGUACUCCACCCCCAUCGAUAUGUGGGGCGUGGGCUGCAUCCACUAUGAGAUGGCCACGGGGAGGCCCCUCUUCCCAGGCUCCACCGUCAAGGAGGAGCUGCACCUCAUCUUCAGACUCCUCGGGACCCCCACGGAAGAGACGUGGCCUGGUGUGAUGGCCCUCUCGGAGUUUCGAGCCUACAGCUUCCCCCGGUACCUCCCCCAGCCGCUCAUCAGCCAUGCUCCCAGGUUGGACACUGAUGGCAUCAACCUCCUGACCAGCCUCCUCCUGUAUGAAUCCAAGAGUCGUGUGUCGGCAGAGGUGGCCCUGAAGCACCCAUACUUCCGGUCUCUGGGGGAGCGUGUGCACCAGCUGGAAGACACUGCCUCCAUCUUCUCCCUGAAGGAGAUCCAGCUCCAGAAGGACCCGGGCUACCGGGGCCUGGCCUUUCAUCAGCCAGGGCGAGGGAAGAGCCGGCGGCAGAGCAUCUUCUGAGCUGUGACUGCCCUACUGAGGCCCAAGGGAUGAUAGGUCACACUGAUCACAGCUGCAGCAGGAUGGGGCCCGUGUGGCCUCGGAGGACAGAGGAAUGAGGGCUAAUGGCGGGCCCAGAAGACUUCUCGGCAGCCCUGCUGGCCACGGCUGUUUCCUCUCCCUGCUUUCCACAUGCCUCCCUGGUGGCCUUGGCCUGGACACCAACCCCCUCCAUCUCCUGCCCUGGGGCAGGGCAGGAGCUGCUUCUCUGGGAGGAGGUGAGGGGGCAGAGGGCAGCCUCAGACACUUCCCCACCCUGAAGGGCUCGGGCACCAGCGUGGGACCCACGUGGACAGGAGAAUCUGGAGGCCAGGCCAAGCGCUAUGCCUUGGACAUGGGCACCACCACGCCCCACCCUGGGGGCCCUGCCUGCCUCACCAGUUUGAUCGAGUCCCUUUUGGGCUCUUUGGAGCCCACACAUCUUUCCCCUUUUCCCCUCUGAGAGCAGGAAGCAACAUGGCACCUUGUCAGGGACCUCGUCAGGAAUCCUGGGUGCCAACGUGUGUUCCAAAGCCUACCCCCUACCUGAAGGGUGGGUGUCCCCAGAGCAACAGAGGGAAUCAUAGCCCACCCCUUUCCCACCAUGCCCCACUUGUUCCCACUCCCCACUCCUCGCCAGGGGCCCGGAAUGCUGCUGGAUGCCCAGUCGAGUCCAGAGGUGGCCUGGCCUCGCCAGCCGCACUCCCGCCACCUCAGCCGCCCCCGCCCAGCUCCCCAGUCUGAACGGGAUUGCCUUAAAUUGGCAGGUGGUGGAGCACUCACUGCCCUUGGAGCUCUGACCCACGCUCCUACCUGUCCACCCUUUCCCGACAGCGGCUCCUGCUUAUCACCCCUGAGCACUGAUAAGCCAGCCCUGUGCCAGGGUCCCGAGAAUGGCUGGCACCCAGAUAUGCAGGGUCACCUUGACACUGGGGCCAGGCCGGCCGCAGCCCCUUGGGGCUGGCACAGCCUCCCUUGUCCCCUCCUCCCCUGCCCCCUCCUUCCCAGGCCCUGUGGCCCUGUCCUUGCUCUGCAGUAUCUGGGCACCAGCCUCCCAGUGCUCCUGGCCUUCCCAGAGGGAGAGUCAGUGCCACAGUCUGAGGUACAGGAAGAGGGGACAGGAUAGGACAGGCUUUGAUCCUGAGACCCCCGCCCCACGGGGGUGGGAGUAUGAGGGGCCGUGACCCCCAAAGAAGGCACCACCACUGCCCCUAUGGAGCAUGCCUACUGUAUUCCCAAGGUCUCAACACUUGACUCAGUCUUAGAUGGCAAGGCCAAGGGGAGGCCAGGCCCCAAGCCCACCCGCCUCAACCUAAGGAGCAGCCCUGGAGGGUCUUGGCUUCCCCACAAGUCCCUCCCCUCCUCCCUGACUGUACUGUGAAUGUCCUGUGACUCAGCACAAAAACUGAUAAUAUAUUUAAUCAUGUACAGAAAAGAGUGACAGUCUCAUGCAGAAAAGCUGAUUUUGACAGAUUGAUGCCAAAGAUGGAGGACAGAAGGCCCUUCUCGAGGCUUCCUGCGUGCAAGUGGGGCUUGCUUGUGCAUAUAUAUAUAUAUAUAUAUAAAGUGGAGAGAGAAUUU